AUGGCCUUUCCCUUUGGCAUGCAACUUAUCCUCCAACGCAACUACGACACCCCGGUCGAAGUCCGCCGACACCGAACGCCUGCACGCGCCAUCGACGACUUUCCCGGGGGCCGUUACCCACCCCGUUGGAAGAGCCUGGUCAUGGAGGGUGCCGAUGGUUGGGCCUUCGCGUUCGGUCCCGGAACGCCGUGCGACCUCUGCGAUGUGGCCAUAUUUCACGACGUGAAGCUCCACCUAUCGUACAAGGUCUUCUACGCGGCGACGUACUACGUGAUUUGCCCCCACUGCCGCCUUCCUUGGUACCCUCCUCAGUGGGGUCCCCCAGAGGGGCAUCUGCGCCGGAUCGAGGCGGCACGCAUGGCGAUCCUCCGAGAGCUUGGCCUUAUCUACGAGGCCUCCCCCCAGGAGAGCGCGAUGCUGGAGGGCAUCUUGACCAGCAUACCCAUGGCUCUGAUCGCGGCCUCCGUCCAGUACAUCAUGAAAAAAACUCACGGGAUCGUCGGCAUGGCCCGCGAAAAGAAGAAGCGGCGUGGCACUCUUAUGCCCACCCGGGGUCAGAAGAAGGAGAGGGAGGGGUGGAUGGGUGUAGAUGGAGGUUGGAUGACCUCGAUGUAG